UUCGAAAGCAAAUCAACCAGUCGUUCUGAGUAAUCAUUCGAAUUAACUCCAAUCCACUAAAAUUUAUUCGAUUCAAAAUGAAAGCAUUUUUCGCAUUUGUCGUGUUUGGUGUUGUGUUUGCCGUUUGCAUGGCCGCAAUAGCACCCGAACAACGCCACGAAUUUGAGCAGAAACUCAUUGAUGAAUGUAAAGGACCAUCACAUGCGAAUGAAGACGAAAUUAAAAGCUUGCAAAACCAUGAAGUGCCACAAACUCAUAACGGAAAAUGCUUGUUGGCUUGUAUCCAGGAAAAAUUGGGAAUUUUGGUGGACGGUAAAUUGUCGGUCGAAGGGGCCAAAGCAAUUGGAGCUAAGAAACACGAAGGUAAUCCAAAGAACACCGCUCUUUUCUACGAAAUGGUUGAUGAAUGCCAAACUGUUGCUGACCCCGAUCGAUGUGAAGCAGCCACCAAGUUUAUGGGAUGCAUGGUUAAUGCUGCUGUUAAACGUGGUGUUGAUCCAAAGGAAGGUCUCAAAGACUAAAUCGAUUUUUAUUAAUUGUGAUAUGAAAUAUCAAAUGAUCAGUAUCAAUUUCUGAAAUAAAUAAUAAUCUCAAUAAAGUAUAGAGCACAAAAACAUAAAA